GGCCCCUCAUCUUUCGAGCAGGACCCUAGUGAGCAGUAUGCGGAUGCCAGUGCCUUACAAGGAUACCAGAAUCGGCCGGUCAAUGACCCAUAUUCCAACACGUACAAUCCAGGAUGGCGGAACCACCCGCACUUUUCGUGGUCAAACAACUCCAACACCCUUCAGCCACCCCGUCCGAACUUCAUGCAGCAACAACCUCGACCCAGCUUUGUGCCCCGGCCGAACUUCCAGCCACAGCAGCCACAGCAGCAGCAGAGGGGACCGGAAGCGGGGUCGAACUCGAACCUCCAAGACGACGUUGCCAAAAUCCUUCAGCUUAUGGCCAACCGUGAGCAGAGGGAUGUCAAUCAGGAUGCCUCCAUCAAGCGCAUAGAGACACAGUUAGGGCAACUAGCCGCCAGAGUUGGGACCAUUGAGACCGAGAUGAACAAGGGGAAGUUGCCAAGUCAGCCAGAGCAAGCUAAAGCUAUCACUGUGCUCAGGAGCGGGAAGGAAGUGGACAACAAAGUGCAGAUGCCCGAGCCUGAAGAUCAGGAGACUCAUCCAGAAAAGAUCAAGGAAACAGAGUCCGGGAAGGCGACAGACGAGCCGGUGCUACAUAAGUCGACGAAUCCAUACAAGCCGCGCAUUCCUUUUCCGGACCGCCUUAGGAACGAGAAGCAAGAGAAACAGUUCCGAGAUCUUUUCAGCAUGCUCUCCAAGGUGAAUGUCAACUUGCCGCUCCUCGAUGUGAUUAAGAAUAUGCCGUCUUAUGGUAAGUUCUUCAAGGACUUGGUGACCAAGAAGAGGAAGUUCGAAGAUGGAGAGAAGGUGGUCGUGUAUGAGGCUGCAAGCGCAAUGCAGCACGAUUUGCCCAAGAAAGAACGUGACCCCGGUGGUUUUAUUAUCCAGAUAGCUUUGGGGAACGGGAAGGUAGCUUCGGGGAUGCUAGACCUCGGAGCCGGAAUCAAUCUCAUGCCCUUCUCGAUUUUUCAAAGGCUUGACCUUGGGGAUUUGAGGCCAACUCGCAUGUGCCUUCAGUUAGCAGACCGUUCCAUCAGGUAUCCCAAGGGAGUAGUCGAGGAUGUUCUCGUGAAGGUGGGAAAGCUUAUUAUUCCAGUGGACUUCGUUGUGCUCGACGUCGGGGAUGUGCACGAGAAUGGGAAGGAUCACACCAUCCUUCUCGGGAGACCUUUCAUGGCGAAAACUAAUACCCUCAUUGAUGUGAAGAAUGGUACUUUGAAUAUGACUGUUCUGGGGGAGUCGGUGUCUAUUUCCGUCCGAGGGGCCAUGUCUUCAUCUUCUGUCAAUUUUAUAGAAGAAUGUGCUUUUAUUGAUAUUGCUGACCCUUUUGUGGAUGAGAUGGUAUUUCAGGAGUUCGAAGACGUCUU